AUGCUUAGGGCGAGACUAAUCGAUUCAAUCGAUUCACAGAAUGUUACAGCCGUACUACAUAGUCCUGAGGCUCGCAAGCUGUUAAUCGCGAAGGAGAACGGUGAUAUAGAGGUCUAUUACCGAGAACAGGGAAAACUGAAGCUGUAUCAGGCGUAUCCAAAGUUGUUGCAAAGCUCACAAUCAGAUGAAACUCGUAUCAGCGGCCUUUACGAAUCGAACGAACUGUCGACAGUUUUCAUCAGAUGCGAUAAGUCACUUCUGUUGUUUAACAGCACCAACUUACAUCAGUACGAUAGCAUAGUGGAUAGAAGGGGGAUCGAGAAUUGCUGGGUUUUUGAAGUAUCUUUACCGAAUAACGAUGAAAAGAACACGUUCCUUGUGUACUCUACCAGGAACACUGGUAAAGUACGAAUGCUAAUAUGGAAGGGGAGAAGCUACGAGAAAAUAGUCGAGGCUACAUUAUCCAAGGACAAAGAGAUCAUUAAGUCUGUUAUUGCCGGAAAUAGCGGAAUCCUGCUGGCUACAGAUAUGGGCGUUUAUCAUUGGUCUUAUGGGGAUUCUGUUCUUUCAAGAAUAGACAAGAUUGUCAGGCGCAAGUAUCCGAAUGAUGUGGUGCGCCAAUUGGCAGAAUUGCGAUCAAUUUCCCACUCUAAGGUUGACAAAAACGAUAAUGCUAUGGAUACCCUUUCUUUGUUGUCAAGUAGCCGGAUCACGAAGAAAUCGAGCGUCCUGAAUCUCUGGUCUAAAGAUCGCCAUCAAACCUCUCGUUCAAGCACCCUACGACAUUUGUUUAGUCCUAUGCCGAGUAAGAACGUACUGCUGGAUGGAAUGACGAAAAAUCUGUACACGCUGUGCAUGACGGAAUCUGAUUUGCCAUACAUGAUUGCCUCAGAUAGCUCACAAUUUCUUGAUUGGAACAGCUCGUUUUCAGAGAUUCAGUAUUUGUCAGUGAAUUUAUUGGUUCUGCACAAUAGCAAUACGAUAAGGUUUGUCGACUACGAGAACGGAUUCACAUUUCUUGAACAGCGAAUAGCUGACGGCAUUCGGCUAUUCGAAAAAAUUGAGCAGUGCCAUUUCAUCGUCCUCACCUCGAAUGAUCAGCUGCAGCUUUAUAGAUACAACGUCGACGACGGUUCGGAUGAUAACUUAGGCGACGAAGAAUCAAUUUGUGGUUUAUUGUAUGAUUCUGACUUUUAUCAGCUGUGGCGAAAGGUGCUGUUCUAUGAAUUUUUCCUAGAAUCACCAAAUGCUCUGGAUUUAUGCUCGUCCGACAAUCCGGAACAAUCGCUGGAUUUUUGUGCGCUGAAACUGAGAGAUCUCACUGUAAUGUGGUGCCUGGAAAUCUGGGGCCGGUUACAGGCCGAUAUGAACCUACUAUCUCGUAACGGUCGCAUUGACGCACGCAGCACCAAUUUACAAAAUCUUAUUGUUACAAAUUUGUUCGAAAGAUUAACAACCUUUUGGGCACCGCCGCAAUUAAUUAUUGUUCGAACAUUCCCACCAGAGGUUACUCGAUUGGUGACCGAGAUUACAGGCCAAAAACACGAUUGCAUUACAUCCGAUGGGAGCACUUCAGGGGCUUACACCAUAAGUCAAGAGCUAAUACGAGAAUCUCUUUUGCCCUAUUUGGUUCAGACCAGGAGACGUCUAAGAUACAUGCUACGCACAGAAAAAAUGACCUGGGACUAUGCGGGAAGGCAAGUUAAGGUAGAAAUAGACUUCUUUUCUUUGGAUAAACAUGAUUCGCUCGAUGUCUCUACCUUGCUCACAUUAGUGGAUACGGUCCUUUUCAUAACCUAUCUGCAUUACUUUCCCAGUAUGGUUGGCCCGCUUCUUUCGGUCGAUAGUAUGUGCGACUAUAGCACGGUUGUGAGAGAAUUGCGCAAUCGUCGUAUGUUUCAAGAACUGGUAUGUUUCUACUUCCAGCGAAAAGAGCAUGUCGAAGCGCUAAAGUUUCUUACAGAUCUUUUUGAUGAUCUUCAGAAAAAAGUUGAUGGCGAGAAGUUGCAGGAUGGCGUCAAAUUAUUAGUGAUUGACUACCUUAAGAAGUUGCCGAAGGAGUAUCAAAGCCUAGUCUUUCAAUAUAGUGAUUGGCUUUUUGCAAGAUCUGACUCGAAGGGUAACAUUCUGGAAAGCAUUUUCAUUAACGAUUCACCUACUUUUGCAGACCGCGAUCAUUAUCAAAUAUACACUUACAUCGACAAGCAUGACCGCCAGGUAGCCUUGGAAUACCUCGAAUUUGUCAUAAGCACUUUCAAGCUAAGGGAAGUGAAGUUGCAUACCUCUUUAAUCAAAAGGUACUUUGAAGAUCUUGAGAACUACAACACAAGACUAAAGUUAAAAUCAAUUCUCGAAAUCACUUCCUCUUAUGAACCGAGAACAAUAUUGCGCCUUCUGCAAGAAAUGACUGAUAAUGACAACAACAUGUUGAACAAGGACCAAAAAUGUUUCCUCGAUCUAUUGAAAGUCUAUCCUCUACAAAAAUUAGGCAAUUUUGAGGAAGCGGUAGACAUUCUGUAUGAUGAACUUUCUGAUUAUAAUAGCACAUCUGUGUUCUGUGAUAAAGUUUACAUCAAAGACAAGAUGCAAGGGCAAAAAGUCCUGGAGUACUUGUUCAGAAAAAUUAUCUCAUCGAGCAAGGGAGACAGAAAGCCCCAGAUUGCGCGUUUCGUACAGGAACAUGGCUCUAAGCUUGAUGUGAUCAAAAUCUACAAACUGCUACCAGACGACCUGCUUCUGUCAGAUCUGAGGCAAGUUUUAGCUCAAACCAUUAAGCUUCAUGCAAUUGAAAAUGACGAACGGAGGAUUGAGAAAGGUCUUUUCCAAGCGGAAUUGGUGAAGAAGAGUUAUGAGCUUAACAAGUCUUUGGCAAAUUUCGUCCUUUUGGAUGAGAAUUACAAAUGUCCUGUAUGCAGGAAAAAGUUCUUAGCUUCCAGCACUGAUAGCGCACUUUGGUAUACAGUCGAUUCUCGAGAAGUCAUCGUUCACUAUACUUGUGGGAAGGCGUUGGAAGCCAAGAUACAGGCUAAAUCGGCAAAAACCAAACUACGAAGCUCCAGAAUUGUUGCGGAUCUAAAAUCUGCGGUAUAA